UGGAUUCCGAUUCUAACUUUUACUCUCAAUGAUUCAUCUUCUCAAUUGGUCAGUAUUUCAGCCAAUCAGAAGCUCCGGUCGCAGAGUUCAUCUGCACCAAUGAGUGCAUGUGUAAGGCACGAGUUUGCACAGCCAUUGGUCGCAGCAGUAUUAUGUUUCGGUUUAAACGGUAAUUACUUUCUUGCCAACCAAUCAGAAUCGCGAAGAGGUUAUCGCUUGAUGUCGACAUCAACAGAAGCCCUCCUGGAGUUCAGGCAACAGCCAUUACUGGAGCUGGUGAAUUCCGAGGAGAACUACGUGCAGCAGCUGCCCCCGAUUGUCGCCGAGUUGGCGUCGAAGUGGCGCAUUCUCUGGGGCAACUGGCUCCAGCUCACCGAGUGGCACACCCAGUUCGUCGAGAAGGUCCGACGAGCCGUUGCCAACCAACCAGACACGGUGCCGCUGCUGUUCCUCAGGUCACAGGCUCGCCUGCGCUCAAUGUACAUGAAGUACUGCGAGAACUACCCGAAGGCCGUGACCCUGGUGGCCCUGCACAAGACGUACUUCGAGGACUUGAGAACGUACUUCUUCGACAAGAACGAUCUCCUCUCCAGGCUGAUGCAGCCUAUUCAACGCGCUACUAGGUACCAGCUGCCGAUGACCGAGGCGCUGAAGCUAACCGAGCAGGCAGGCUCAGCGGACGUGGACGUCUGGCGAGACGCAGUCGCGGUUUUAAAGGACCUUCCAAAUGACGUCCAGCUGAUGCUUGAGGUGAGUCCCGAUGGAAGCCGCUUAAUCGCCAAAUGUUGGGCCAACACCUUCUAG